AUGAUACAUUAUGAAGAAGCGGUGCAGGAAGCAGAACGCAAGAUGAAAGGCAAAUUACAAACCAAGGCUGGUGAGAUACAGCCACACAUCUGCAACCGCUACUGCGGAGGCAGCCACACGGUGACGACGGCCCAGCAGCGCGUGUCUCGGGUGGGUCACUUCCUGGAGCAGUGGGGGCCUGAGGCGAUCCAGCUGCUGGAGGGUGGCGUCAAAGGCACGGACGGCCGCAUGUACAAGGCGCGCGGCAAGGUGGGCUCCCCGCUGGCCAGCCCGAGGAUGGUGUCGGUCACGACGUCGCCCAUGAAGUUCCCCGAGGAGGGACUGCAGCUGCCUGCCGGGGACGCCGCCGCCGCCGCCCACGCCUCUCUGGAGGAGAUAGUACUGCAGGCGGUGACGCUCGAGGCCGAGGCGGUGGCGGCGGCGGGGGCGGAGGCGAAGCAGGUGGCGGCAGCCCCAGCGCAAGAGGUGCCGGAGGCUGCGCAGGAGAUGGGAGAUGACACCUCUGGUACGCAAAUGGUACAAGAGAUGGUACACGAGCUGAUUCGCGGAGGGUAUCCGUCAGUGGUAAUGGAAGAAGAAGAGUCCGCAGCUGAAGCGGCUCCUACGGAAGAAAGUGCACCGUCUGAAGAAGUGGCGCCGUCAGAGGGAGAAGCAGCAGGUCCAGAGGAACCUGAGGCCGCAGAAGAACCUCCGGCAGGGGAAGAACCUCCGGCCACAGAAGAAGAAUCUUCGCCUGCAGAAGAACCUGCACCAGCUGAGCCUGAAGGCGAAGCUGCACCUGCGGAGGAGUCUUAA